AUGGAUGUGGUGGGAGAAAAUGAAGCCUUGCAGCAGUUCUUUGAAGGACAAGACGUUCAUGGAUCCUUGGAGAAUCCCACAGUGGAUACAAGUAUGUUGGAAGAAUUCAUCAGUAGUGACAUAGAGUUUGGAACUUCGCAAAGCCAGUUGCCAGACUCCCCACCAGACUCUGGAUCGGAACCAUGCUCUCCUCCGCAGCUCCAGACCUCGUGGUAUGACACUACGUGGCCAAAUGGGCUGCAGCCUCCACUCCCGUGCCCAUUUUCUGUGGCACCCAGCAAACUUCCCUGCAGGUUCAUGGAAACUUAUUCUGACCCCAAUGCCAGUGGACAUCACUGCACUGUCCCCCAAGGCUGCUGCCUGAAGACAGAAAAUGUUGUGACUCCUUGGAAUCAUUCUACAUCCUCCAGCUGUUCGGGUUUUAGUUAUUCAUGUUUUCAGCCAAAUGCAUCUCAGAUUUCUGGUAUUUCUGCAGUGUCAGGCAAAAAAAGGAAGCUCUCACAAUUACUGGGAGAUGCCACUGAUCCUUCAGUCCAAUCUCAGGACCCCAGACAAGCAACUCUUAAGGACUGUGCUGCUGAAGUGCAAGAAUAUGACAGUGAGGGACAGAAUGGAGCUUUGGGAAAAUGCUGUCAAGCUUUAACGUGGCAACCAUAUCAAACUUCUCAGUGGAACAGCUUAUUUAACUGUAACUAUGAAAAACUACCUGCUGUAGGAUAUCACAUUGUUACAGAUAAAGGAUUUAAUUUUUCAACAGCAGAUGAUGCCUUUGUGUGCCAGAAGAAAAAUCAUUUUCAAAUCACAGUCCAUAUUAGAAUCACUGGAAAUCCAAAAUACGUUAAAACUCAGCUAGGAGGACAACCAAUAGAAAAGUUUUACUUGAAAGCUUUUGGAAUAAAGGUAGAAGCCCCAAAUCAAACAAUUGCUAUUGAACAGUCCCAAUCAGAUCGAAGCAAAAAAACUUUCCUCCCUGUUAAAGUCAAUCUGCCAGGGGACCAAAUAACUAAAGUAACAUUGGGAAGGUUGCACUUCAGUGAAACAACAGCAAAUAAUAUGAGAAAAAAGGGGAAACCUAAUCCUGACCAGAGAUACUUCAGGCUGGUAGUUGGACUCUAUGCUGUCUCUCAGGAUCAGUUCUACCUACUGUCUGCAAAUGUGUCUGAAAAGAUCAUUGUGAGGGCAUCUAACCCAGGGCAGUUUGAGAAUGACAGUGAUGUACAGUGGCAGCGAGGACAUGUUCCAGAGACCAUAGUCUGUCAUGGUCGAGUAGGAAUUAACACAGAUGCACCAGAUGAAGCACUGGUUGUCUGUGGAAAUGCAAAAGUUAUGGGCAGAGUCAUGCAUCCGUCUGACAGCCGAGCAAAACAGAAUAUCCGGGAGGUCGAUACGAAUGAGCAGCUGAGAAGAAUAACGCAAAUGAGGCUGGUAGAAUAUGACUACAAGCCUGAAUUUGCAUCUGUUAUGGGAAUAAAAAACUCACAUGAAACAGGAAUAAUAGCCCAGGAAGUGAAGGAGCUUUUACCUGAAGCUGUUAGAGAAGUUGGAGAUGUUGCUUGUAAUGAUGGGGAAAAAAUAGAAAACUUCCUAAUGGUUGACAAGGAUCAGAUUUUUAUGGAGAACAUUGGUGCUGUAAAGCAGCUUUGUAAACUAACCAACAAUCUUGAAGUCAGAAUAGAAGAACUGGAAGAGUGGAACAGGAAACUGUCCAGGCUGAAACGAAUGAGCAGUUUAAAGUCAACAUGUAGUGAAGAGAGCAAAGUCAGCAGGUAUAGUCGAGCUACUAGUCUUUUGCCAUCAAAAAAAUCACUCCUGCUAAAAUCCAACAAGGUUUGUUUGUCAAACAGGAAAGAGUCUUGCUCCAUCAAGAUUUUUCGGGUGACUGUAAUAGCUUUGAUUGCUAUUAUGGCACUAUGCGCUUUGACAAUAUCGACCUUAUAUUUACUUAGUGUUCAUGACAGACGUUUUGAAAACCAUCUGAUUUACAGCAGUACCUCAAGUUCUAUUUCAGUCCCUACCACUACAGCAGGUACUGUAUCUCUGCUGGGGGAAAGCACACAACCCACUAUCAGGAUCCCUGAAGUGAAUUUCUGUGACAUUCUGCCUUGUGACAAGGUCUAUUGUUGUCCUAUUCAUCAACAAAAAGUCAGAUCUCUAAGUUAUGACAGAAACAAUGUGAAGGAGGAACGUAACAAAAGUAAUGUGUUAUCUGAACAAGAUCCAGUAAAAAAACCUAAUGGAAGACCUAAUCUUGGGAAUGACUGGAUUGAUACAACAAUCAGUUCCAUACAGAUUUUGGAAACUCAGCAAAAGAUUGACAGUCGCUAUUGUAGUAAAAAUCUGCAGUGCAGGUCUGGAAAUUACAGCUAUGUUAUUCCUGUCAACAAAUAUACACCCAUGGAUGUAGAAAUCACACUGGAAAUAAACACCACGGAACCAUUAAUUGUAUUUCUCUGCAAAGUCACAUUUGGAAAUUAUUGCUCCCAUUAUUCUUCAAGCCAAAACAGUAGGAAGGAUUUCCUAGAAACCACACAGGGACAUCAGCAUGUUUGGACUCUCCCUGUAGCUAAACUGUACGACAGUGCCUACUCGUUCCGUGUAGCUGCACCGGGUUUUGCUGGCUGCUUGACAGAUCCUUAUUUUGCUGGAAUGUUUUUUACUGAUUACUACUUCUAUUUUUAUCGACAGUGCAACUAA